AUGGCAAAUUCGAUUUUAGAGCAGACAACUGACGACGUGAAUUCAAAUCCAUGUAGCUCAAGUGGUGAAAAUCAUAAUCAUAAUAAUGAUGGUUGGCAGAUAGUCUACAUUUGCCUAAAACGGUCAUCAAAGAGCUGUUUAGGCUUUUCAAUUAUCGGUGGUAGUGAAUAUUCAAUUCCUAUCAGUGUCAGUCAUAUUGCAAAAAGUGGUUUUGCCGAUCGUGAUGGUCGUUUGAAGCUUGAUGAUAUUAUUUUAGGAGUUAAUAGAAUUAGUUUUGUGAAUAUUAGCCAUGGCGACGCUCUGCGCGUAUUGCAAUCUACUGGCAAAUAUAUUACUAUGCGUAUAAAACGAUUGAUCCCACAGAUUACCGUAGACAGUCCAUCAUAUCAACCAAAAGAGGCUAAACGACGUUUAAUAGUGGGCAAUGUGAUGGAUUCAGUGCCCAACACUUGCAUUGGUACUUUUAUCAAUUCUACUACUGAUGCUCAAAAUGAUACACUUCGACCGUUAGGCGACUUGGUUUCGAAUGCAGAAAAUAAAUCUACGAUUACCAAGAGCAAAGUCCGGAACCGAAUAAGAGUGCAUUACAAACCUCUAUGUGAAUAUGAUGUGGGAACGUUGAAAGAUCUGACUGAUAGAUAUUUUGAUAGAGAUUACCUCGAAAUUCAUCAUCUUAUUCCGAAAGAUAUCGCUAUGGCAAUCUUUCCCGAAUACAAAGAAGCCGAAUCUGUCUGUAUCGUUCUUUCGAGAAUGAAACGUCAUUCAGCACUUGUCAUUUCCAAGGAUGACUUUAAUUCACUAUUGUCUCAUAACAAUUCUAAAGAAAUACUAACACAUGUCAUUAAACACCAUACACAACUGAAAGCUAUACCCAGUCCAGUUCUACUCGAAGCUAUUCUUUUGCAUUGCGCACAAUUUCCGCGCAUCUACGAAACACCAAAUCAUCAAUCAUUGAGUACUGACAUCAAUGUCAUCGAUUACAGUGUAUAUGACAUAAUACUUCGAAUUCCAUCCAAGGAUCUACGCUAUAUGGGCGACAUGCACGAUAUAAUCAAAUAUGGCAAUUGCGUCAAGGAUAUUCCAAGUCAUGUCUGCCAAUUUAUCCUCGAAGAAAAUCAACCGAUAGAGCCACAUUCCAAACAAGUUCAAGAUUACCUAGGGGUGUAUGUCGCGCACCGAUGCAUUGAUCUACUAUCCGGCCUACAACUAGUUCUCACAUUUCGUAUUGAACUCGACCACACCGCAGAACGUCAAGAAGAAUCAGAUAACUGUAUUACGACUAUCACCACGAAUCACUACGUCAUUUAUCGCAUGAUCACUCUUAGUAAAGAAUAG